GACGCCCGCAACCACAACUGCUCCCACCACCACCUGUUAGCUUCGUCACUAAAACAAGCCUCUCCCUCCCUCUCUGUCAAAGUCUUUCACCCGCCGUCAUUCUAUUGCCAUCACGACCGCCCGUCAACAUUGUUCUCACGCCAGCCAAUCCCUUUUUUUCUUUUUCCUUUUUCUUUUUCUUCUCCUGGCCAUCUCCCUUCAACACCGUGACACGGAACAUCAACCACCCCAUUCCUUCCGAACCUAAUCUCCCGCUCGCUUUCCCACCUUUUUCAACCUACCCCCCACACUGCCCUUCCCGGAGACCCUGUCCUUUCAGGUCAUACGCAAGUACUCGUACAGGCAGGCCCUUACCCUCUCUCGUCCAUAGAUUACCGAGAGAAAAACAAAAAAAAACCCUGGGUGAGGAUCUCGCUCCUCGGUCUUUAUUCACCACUGCAUCAUCUCGACUUGCAGUCCUCGGUGCUCAACGCAAACCAUCAGUCAUUAACUCCCCAUCCAUUCUUGGCGCUACCUGGUCAUACUCCUGCAUUAACUUCGAGCGUGGAUGCAUCUUGAUUUAGACACAACGCUUCGUCGAUUCGAAUUCCCAUAAUAUAAUCCACACACCCCCCCCCACCCCCUACUUCCUACCGGGGUCCAUAUCCCUUCAAAUUUAAAGCACCCUCGUUACGAAUUGGUUUCGAAGAGGACGUGAACUGGGAUAGAUAAGAAAAAAUAAUGGAAGGCGAUUUGAACCUCUCCCAGGCGCUGGGCGGCCUCAGAAUCGCAAAUCAGACAGACGACUCACCACCCCCGUCGCCUCGUGAUACUGGAGAUUCGAAUAACUCGCAAUCCCCUUCGAUACAUAUUCCUGACCUUCAAGAGCUCUCGCCUCAGACUACAGAAUCACAUUCCCCGCACACCCCCAGUGCCUCGUCCCAGACACCACCAUUAGGACCUUCCUCGCAGCUUCGGCAGUCCGCCGCAUACCCCCCGCCUACCCCUCCGUCACGGCCCACCUCUCAAUAUCUUGGAUCCUCCUACGCGUCAGGACCUUCAACCAUUUAUCCUCAGAAUGUUUCCUCCACCGGUUCUGUCUCUCCCAUUAACCCUCUGAUGUAUCCAGACUAUGCUCGCAUCUCGCGUGAGCCUUCAGGAUCUUCGCUGUCGGGGCCGUCAAUGGGGGCAAAUAGGCAAUCUCAGAGGGAACGUUCAAAUACCGAUAGAUCUUACCGGCAAUCAGGUCCAACAGGUCCGUACCCCCCUCGUGGCUCUAGUAGAGGAAUGGCCCAAUCGGGAUCGGAAGACAGAGGUCUUGUAGGCGCUGGUGGCCCAUACGCUUCGGAGAACGGCCCUCCCACCAGCAGUGAAGAGUGGAAGGAUAGAGGCGCGGCGGUGGGAGUCCAGAGGGAUAUAGAUGCUAACGGAAACACCAUCACACGAGUAGUGAAAAAAGGAGUCAAGGAUUUUAGCUUUGGUCGGACUUUGGGCGAAGGAAGUUACAGCACGGUACUUUUAUUUUAUCAUUAUCACCACGAUUACUAUUGUUUGCACACCCAAUUGCGGCAAUGUUUUCUGACAAUAUGCAGGUUCUCGCGGCCACUGACAGGACAACCUUAAAGGAAUAUGCUAUCAAAGUUCUCGACAAACGGCACAUCAUCAAGGAGAAAAAGGUUAAAUACGUCAACAUAGAGAAAAAUACCCUCAAUAGACUAGGUGAACAUCCAGGAGUUGUUCGACUGUAUUAUACAUUUCAAGAUGAGCGGAGUCUUUAUUUUGUGUUGGAUCUAGCCGCUGGUGGGGAAUUACUUGGUUUUCUGAAGAGGGUAUGUGCCCUGCGAUCCUUCCCCCGAACGGGUUUGUGCUCACGGUUAGUAUAGAUGACCACUUUCGAUGAAGAAUGCACCCGGUACUACUCGGCGCAAAUUUUGGACACAAUUGAGUAUAUGCACUCCAAAGGCGUCAUACAUCGUGAUCUGAAGCCGGAGAACGUUUUACUGGACGACCAGAUGCGGGUCAAGAUUACGGACUUUGGCACUGCGAAGAUUCUAGACCCGCCAAAGAAGCCCCCACAGAAUGGGGAUGGGCCAAGCGGGAUGCCGUAUCAUGGGGAUCCCAUGGAGGAGGAUGGUUCAAAGGCGAACUCGUUUGUGGGCACCGCCGAGUAUGUCUCUCCAGAGCUCUUGACAGAUAAAGCGGCCUGCAAGGCCUCGGAUUUGUGGGCCUUUGGAUGUAUCGUUUUUCAGCUGCUCUCCGGAAGACCUCCCUUCAAGGCGGUGAAUGAAUAUCAAACAUUUCAGAAGAUUGUCGGUUUGGAGUAUGAAUUUCCAAAGGGAUUUCCACCGGUAGCUAGAGAUCUUGUCGAGAGGUUACUGGUUCUCGAUCCCGCCAAGCGGCUCAAUAUCGAGCACAUCAAGAAUCAUGAGUUUUUUGAUGGCAUUGAGUGGGGCCGGACACUCUGGAAGAUCAAGGCGCCCAGAUUGAAGCCAUAUGUGCCACCUCCAGCCGAGGAGAGGAUCAUCAAGUUGAAUGAGCCACCUGCCCCUCGAAAUGGCAACACAAAUGGGGGCGCCACACUUACCCGACCACAGCCACCCCGUGUCAUUACAGAAUUACCACCUCCGAGCCAGCUUGAUAUCGAAUGGUCGCCAGUACUUACAAGAUCCAAUGAGCGGAUAUUAAAGCUGGGCAACGCAGUUGUUCAGACUAGCCCUGCGCCACACUCGCCCGAUGGUAAAGGAGGUAUCAAUGGGCAUACGGAAACACCCAAGAAAUUCGCUAGGUUCUUUGGCAAUGGUAGUAAAAAGCGGCAGAGAUUGGUUAUGAUAACCACGUGUGCUCGCGUGAUUGUGGCUGCCGCUGGAGGAGAUGAUAAGCGUAUGAAAUUGGAGAUCAACUUGCAGGGGCUUGGCGUUGUGGCUAGAAGUAUAGGCGGUAGUGGUAGCACAUCAUGGGCCAUUGAUACCGUGAGUACUAAAGGCUACCAAGAGUCCCUCUAUCAAGUGCACGGCUGACACGAGAUGUAUAUAUAUACAGCGCGACAAAACCUACACCUUCGACGACCCCAAAACCCCAGCCAGCGAAUGGUUAGAAACAAUUGACAGAGCUCGGGAAAUAGCGGCAGUUAAUUACCCACCCGACGACGGUUUCAUGUCCAGCAACCUAUCCAGUCCGGCCUCGACGAUCACCAUGGAGACCGGGAAUGGACCGUUUCACCACGACAAGCCUGGACGGGAAGGAGAUGGGCACGGCGGUAGGGAGAAGGCGAAUAAGCGGUUCUCCAAGCGUAACUCUCGGCACGGACUGGCAGCGGUGUUUUAACAACGAGCCAGGCUCUAAAUUUUGAGCCUUCCUCUACCACUACUUGAUUUUUUUUUCUUUCCCGUUUUAUUAUGCUUCUUAAAUUUCAUUAUACUUUAUUGUAAAACUCGGCUGGUUGUGUGCUGUGCGAUGUGAAACCCGGGGGGCUCAACGGAUAAGCUACUUGUGGGAGAGAAGCGCGGGAGGUGGGUGGAAACCAUAGUGUUGAUAUGUAACUUUGAAGCCUUUUUUCUCUCUCUUUUCCUUGCUCACUGCUUGCUGCUGGGGUGUCCUGUACUGUGGGAUCUUUUUAUUCCCUUUUGUCCUUUUUAUGCAUUUCUCUUUUCCUUUUUCGCACUCUUCUUUCCUGGGCUUGGCGUGGUGUCCGUGUUUGGAUUCUUUUUUUUUCCCCCUUCCCCUUUCCCUCCUUUCUUCGCUCCUCAUCCGCAGAAUGGAAAGUUACUCUUUUCUCUCCUCCCCUCCUCCUUCUCAUCUACAGUAGGGAUGUUUGGUUCGAUGUUUGCCUUGUGUGCCUUGCCCUGUCUUGCAUUAUUCCCUAACGUAGCUUUCAGCAUCCGUCUGUCUCGCCGAAGGGGGGCCUUGUGCGAGAAGGAAUAUAAUUAUAUCUUGUCUUGUCCCCUUAAAUUACACGGUAGCUAUGGUAGAGUACGGUGAAGAUCGGAAGGGGAUAAAUCGGGAGUCGACCCCUCUUGUUUUCUGUUAUGACAUACUUGAGCAGGCUGCCGGUGGUCUGUAUCAAGUGUGGGCAUCAUGUAUGGUGUUGUUACUACUGUAGUAGCAGCAGCAACUUGAGACUCCACUGGUCUGGGUGACGGUGGUCGGGUCUAGUGGGAUUGGUUUGGUUUGGUUUGGUUUCGUAGGAUAGGACAGGACUAGACAGGGAGAAAUGGUACUCGAGUGCCGUGCGGUACUAGACUGCAGCGGCACCGGUGCUUGUAUGGUACGGGUACCAAAUGUAAAUGUGCGGGUACCGUUUACAUUUACUACUGUAGUACUCGCACUUGUAAAGUACCGGUACUCGAGUACAAGAACCGGUAGUCAUAAAACGGAGCGGGACGGUGGGGCGUUACUCAUACCGGAAGUGUGCCGUGAGGCUCGAUUUGAUGGGGCACCGGAGAGUGUUGACAUACUAUCGCUGUGCCAUCAUAAAUUCAGCUAUAGUACCGGUACUCGUACUAGUACAGGCACCAAUAUCCCAGCCACCAGCACCAGCAACAACAUCUAGACCAAAU